UCCACUCAGUUGGCUGUUGUCAUUCAAAUGCGAUAACCCUUUGACAGUUGUCCUGUCAAGGUGUUAUGUGAAAUAAAAUUCCCAGUGUUGUUUAUUACUGCUGAAUUAGCCCAAGAAUCGUUUAGGAACCCCCUAGUGCGUGUUACUCCCAGCCUAGCAAAAUGCCGGCACCUGCACCAGUCGCCGAAAAUGGGGCCCCCCGAACCGAGCUGCAGGAGCUCCAGCUCCGGGCUGGGCAAGUCACCGAUGAGUCUCUGGAGAGCACCCGGCGCAUGUUGGCACUGUGUGAAGAGAGUACCGAUGCCGGCGCCAAGACUAUGGAAAUGCUCCACCAUCAAGGCGAGCCACGAGGUCGGGAUGAAAACCCUGGUCAUGCUGGAUGAACAGGGCGAGCAACUGGACCGUAUCGAGGAUGGCAUGGACCAAAUCAACGCCGAUAUGCGAGAAGCCGAAAAGAACCUCACGGGGAUGGAAAAAUGUUGCGGACUGUGCGUUUUACCAUGUCAGAAAGGGUCGUCGUUUAAAGAGGACGAAGGCACUUGGAAGGGUAACGACGACGGAAAAGUCGUGAAUAAUCAGCCGCAGAGAAUGAUGGACGAUCGCAACGGUCUUGGGCCGCAGGGAGGAUACAUCGGACGUAUCACAAACGACGCACGCGAGGAAGAAAUGGAAGAAAACAUGGGACAGGUUAAUACCAUGAUCGGAAAUUUGCGCAACAUGGCCAUCGACAUGGGCUCAGAGUUGGAGAAUCAAAACAGACAGGUCGAUCGUAUCAAUCUCAAGGGCGAGUCCAAUGCAACAAGGAUAGAGGUGGCCAAUCAGCGUGCCCACGAUCUCCUCAAGUAGACACACAACACAAAAACACUAAUAUUUUUACAGACUUUGAUUGCAAGCCUGAUCCGUUCCUGUUAUUUUUCUACAAUUGGAGAAACUUUAAGAAACGAAAUUAACCGUUUUUGGUUGUUUUGACGCAAUUUGCGCUUGUUUUAUUAGUGUGGGGCCGGAUCAGGUUGGGCUGUAGUUUUUUGUGAUGGGGCACACUGGUUAUAUGUUUGUUGGUUAGGGUGAAAGCAACGAAACGCGCAUUGCAGUGGCAAACCAGCGUGCCAACAAACUCCUCAAGUCCUAAGGGGAGUGGGACACAAGUCGCCUUUUAUACUCUUCUAUCAAUUCUCAAUGUUAUGGCUUAGUGUUACUAGUUUACGAGUAUUACUAUAACAUCAUUAUAAUGUAAUAGUUAAUAUUUAAAAAGUCAUGGCCGGUUAUUGCUGCAUCCAGUAGAGCUAGCCGUUUAAUAUCUCGAUUUUUCUAAAUUAAUUUAGCGAUAUGAUGCAAUGAAUUACGUUCCUAAUUAUGCUCAUUUCGUACACUUGUGAACGCUUAACAUACACGUAUUAGCUCUUUGUGAAACUGUCUAGUUAGGAUGAAGCACAAAAUUUGCACUCUUCUUGGAUUAAAUCCCAGUUCAUGCAGGAAAAAACGGAUGUUACUUAUGCGAUUUUCUCAAGGUGUGGUGCUAAUUGCCGGCGCUUACUUAGCUCUAGUACAUAACUUGUACCAAGUAUUCAUAUACCUACUAAAUGUGAUGUGAGUUUUUUUGGAAGAUUGAAGUUGUUGAGUCCACAUUGUACAUAAGGUUGUCGCUGUAACUGUAUAUAUUGUUGGUAUAUGCACUAGAAUCACAAGGAACUUGCCCUGUCGGUUAGCUCAGUUUCGAAACUAUCAAAAAUUGAUUUGUUGGGGGCGAGUUCAGAACGAAUUGUUUUUGUUGAUGUUUGGAACAGUUUAUAAAAAAUUGUUAGGGGAACAGGACCGGAAGCCUGAAAGGCAUGCAGCCUUUUUUUCUAGUUAAAAUGCAAUCACUGUGAUUAGUCAUAUCCAAAUUGUUCCCAAACGGGUGUGAAUAUUUUUGUCCUGACAUCUUCCAUUAUUUAAAAGUUUCUGUUUUUAAUUAUGUACAGUAUUUAAGUUUUAGUGCUAGUUUUUUGAUAGUGUUAAGAUGGACGAGUGAUAUUUAAUUAAUAAGAAAUGAUAAAGACGUUACGUCAUCGAAAUGCUCAAAGCAUCUUGGUGAAGUGACUGAAGAUGCAUUUUAAUUUAUUGUCUUAGCAAAAUAGACAAGCUUCUUAGUCAUUUGGCAUUCAAUCGAUGAUAGUAAUAAAUUAUUUAUAUUAUUGCAUAAACAUGUAUUCUAAUAAUGUAUAGAGUAGGUAAUUUCAAAUUACAAAAUAAAAUGUAUUAUUCAAAAA